CACCCAUGCUUUAGAGAUGGGCUUUGAACCGCUGCGCACUUGUGGGCAAAUUAAUGAAUGGCUGAAUUUAAAAAAGGAAUUACAAUGCUUGAAAGACUUAUAAAUAACAGUCAUUCGCUGAUGACACGUGAUGUAUGUGGUGCAUAUAGUCACACUGAUAUGUGAAGAAUUAAGACUGAUCUUUCACAAGCACUGCCGACAUAUUUACCAUCUAUAACAGGAUGCUGCUACCUUAAAACAGCAGAAAACAAAAAAAAACACCGCCAAGGAAACAAAUCAUAGAGCCGACUCUGUGAGCCGACAUCAAGUCAAAAGUGAUCUUUAUCUUGCAUAUAUGCUUCCUGUGCUGCUUCUCAGUUAGAGGCGAACACAAUAAACAAGCGAAACGUGACGAGAAGCUGCACAAGGGUCAGUAAAGGGUGCCGCUCGGAAACACCCGUGCGGUUGAUCAAAGCCCUGUUUUUUUUUUUGACCGGGAGUCCCACAGAGGACAUGAGCGCUAAUGAAACAGUGGCCCAACGCCGUGUCCUCUCACCUCCUCCAAAACCGCUGCCUGCCUGAGCCUUUUCUCCCAACGCCUGCAGCCUGAUAUCAUUUGGGAUUGGAAGACACAGUGAACGGAUUGCCACCCAUCCAAGCCAAAAAAGGCCACGGUUUUGUUCGAGGACAGAGGGGCUCUCGGGCAAAACGGCAGGCAGACAGCCUGCAGGCUUUGCUUCCAGCUCUGGAGAGUUGAUAUCCAGAAGAAUCAGUAACUGUGGACCAGACGUGUUCCUCGAGAAGACUCACGGAGCAGUUGGCAGACGAAGGGGACAUUUGUCGCUUGUUGUCCAGAGAGGAAAAUUUAAAAUAUAUAAAGCAGAAAAAGACAGUGGCGACGGCAAGACGCCAUAAAAACAGGUUUUGUUUAACCAAUUGAAAUCAACAGAUGACCUUCUCCGCCUGGACUGCCCGUUGUGCACAAGGAACAUAUAACUGCCGAAAAAUAAUAUUUGGGGAUUUGACGCUGACCUCUGACCCCAUCUUAUGUCGAAUGCAUUCUUUCUAAUCUAACCAGAAGUAAACUGCAUCCAGAACUUGAACACCAAGACUUGCUCCUCUUCUUUGACCAAGUCGAGCUUGUUAAGAAUCUGACACAUCUCCUCCUCAUCCCUUUAUCAUCUUUCAUCCUCCCGUGAGAAUCAUGGCAGGGUACACGUAUUACCGUGUCACCAUUUUUAUAGCCAUGUUUGUGGGCUACACCCUUUACUACUUCAGCAGGAAGACAUUCUCUUUCGUGAUGCCAUCGGUAAUGCAGGAGAUCGAGCUGGAUAAGGAUGACCUGGGUCUGAUCACCAGCAGCCAGACGCUGGCCUACGCCAUUAGCAAGUUCAUCAGUGGCGUGCUGUCGGACCAGAUGAGCGCCCGUUGGCUCUUCUCUGUGGGGCUAUUCACAGUGGGCGUCGUCAACGUGGCCUUCUCCUGGUCCUCCUCUGUGGCCCUCUUCGCAUCGCUGUGGUUCAUCAAUGGCUUGGGCCAAGGUCUGGGUUGGCCACCGUGUGGGAAGGUGCUACGCAAGUGGUACGAGCCAUCACAGUUUGGGACCUGGUGGGCUGUGCUCUCUUGUAGCAUGAAUCUCGCUGGCGGCCUGGGUCCAGUCAUCGCCGCCAUUAUGGCACAGAGCUACAGUUGGCGCAUGACCCUGUCGACAUCGGGCAUCGUCUGCAUGGGAACCGCCUUCCUCUGCUUGCUGCUCAUCAAGAAUGAGCCAAGCAGCGUUGGCCUGACCAAUCUCCAGCCCGCCAGCAACAAGGGCAAGAAGGACUCCGCAGGUGGAUCGAGUGAUGAGAGCACCCUGGGGGAGUUCCUCACGUCUCCUUACCUUUGGGUGCUAUCCAUGGGCUUUCUGAUGGUGUUUGGUGUGAAGACAGCCUGCACUGACUGGGGCCAGCUCUUCCUCAUCCAGGAGAAGGGCCAGUCGGCUCUCAUGGGAAGCUCCUACAUGAGCGCCCUGGAGGUGGGGGGUUUGCUGGGCAGCAUCGCAGCCGGCUACCUGACAGACAGAGCCGUCGCAAAGCAAGGUCUCCGUAGCCAUGGCAACCCCCGCCAUGGCCUCCUGAUCUCCAUGAUGGCGGGGAUAUUUGUUUCCAUGUAUCUCUUCCGGGUCACAAUAACAGCAAGCAAAGAGCCCCCGUUCUGGCUGAUGGCUCUUCAUCCGCUCUCCAUCCUGACUGGUCUAUCAGAACAAGAGAUCUGGAUUCUCAUUCUGGGUGCCAUCUUUGGCUUCUCCUCCUGUGGACCCAUUGCCCUGUUCGGGGUGAUUGCCAGUGAGAGUGCUCCAUCGAACUACUGUGGGACAUCGCACGCCAUCGUGGCUCUCAUGGCCAAUGUGGGCGCUUUCCUCGCCGGGCUACCCUUCAGCACCGUUGCUAAGCACUACAGCUGGGACACGGCUUUCUGGGUUGCCGAGUUGGUGUGCAUCGGAACAACAGUGGCCUUCUUCUUGCUGCGCAACAUCCGCACCAAAAUGGGUCGCAUACACCGGAAGACUGAUUAAGCGUCCUGCCUCCUCCAUCCUCCACGGCCAUUGAGGACGGUUCGAUCGCAUUAGAUUUAUCCGUCAGGAAUUCCUUCUUUUUACUAGCCAGUCUUUCAGUGAAGCCUUCUCAACAAACCAGGAAGCUGAAAAUGCAACAGUGCCUCUGCCUGUAUUUACCAGAAUUAUUAUUAUUAUUAUUAUUAUUAUUAUUAUUAUUAUUAUAGUUAUGUAUGGUCAAUAUUGUUACACUGAUAGGGAAAUUCCCCUUUUUCAGUAAUCACACAAACUUGAACUUGUUUUAUGAUGGCAUUUUUCUUGUUUUUGUUUUUCACCGGUGUCAGCAGCACAGUCGUACUGAAAUAUCAGAAGUGGAUUUUUUUUUCCUCAUUUAUCAUGCAGGGGAUGUGCGUUCAAUGUGCAGAGAACAUCUCCCAGUUUCAUUGGUGUCAGAACCCCUUGAACUUUCUGAUAUGAUCUUAUCUUUGACACUUUCAAUAUCACUGUUCUCUCAUUUGCAAUAAUCUGAGCCAUUUAUGUAUAAUGAACU